ACAUCUCAAAAUAAAUUAUUUAACUUUUUAUAAGUAAACAACUGAAAACCAACUAAGUCAAUAUCAUUUUUCCCUUUAUAUUCCAAAACACCUUCAAAUUUGCACCAUCCAAUCCCAAAAUGUCGAAAUUACCCUUUGUUUAACAAUCUCCCACCAACCAUAUCAUAAUUUGAAGUUAAAACAUUGUUGUCCUCCUUUGCAUAGUCCCAACACUAUGGAAUCACUAACCCAAAAAAUUGCUCUCAAAUUAACCAAGGCCAAUUUCGUCCAAGAAAAAUUAACAAUUACAAACAAAUAUUACCAUAAGGACAAUUUAGUCCAAAUAAAAUCACCAACCAACACCACCAUUACCACCACCCUAACUACUACCCAUCACACUAGAAAUACUCGGGUUUUUCCACCUAUCUGUGUGUCCAAAAUAUCUGCUGGAACCGGAGCAGGUGAAGAAUCCGAGUUGAAAACGACCCGGAUCCGGAUCCGAGAUCCAGUAAGCUCAACAGAUAUGGCAGCCUCUCAUGAUGUUAAAGAUGCUCGUAUUGCUGGGAUUUCUUCUGCUAUUCGGGUCAUACCCGAUUUUCCUAAACCCGGGAUUAUGUUUCAGGAUAUAACAACUUUGCUUCUUGAUACUAAGGCGUUUAAGGACACUAUUGAUUUGUUUGUUGAGAGAUACAAGGACAAGAACAUCAGUGUCGUUGCAGGUAUUGAAGCAAGAGGUUUUAUAUUUGGUCCUCCCAUUGCAUUGGCCAUUGGAGCAAAAUUUGUCCCAAUGAGGAAACCCAAGAAGUUGCCUGGGGAGGUUAUUUCCGAAGAGUAUUCCUUGGAGUACGGGACAGACAAGAUGGAGAUGCAUGUAGGUGCCGUGGAAGCUGGUGAACGUGCUCUUGUGGUAGAUGAUCUUAUUGCGACAGGAGGGACCCUAAAUGCUGCGAUUAGGCUCCUAGAGCGUGUUGAAGUUGAGGUGGUCGAGUGUGCAUGUGUCAUUGAAUUGCCAGAAUUGAAG